AUGGGGAAAAUUAACGGUUUGAGCAAGUUCCGCAAGCCACUGGCAUGUCUUCCAGGCCUCUUGUUGCUGUCGCUCGGCAUAUAUCUCGUGAUUGACCGGCUACAUGUUGGUUUCAUAAUCAAUCGAAUACACGAGGAUAUUGAGCUGCGAGAAGGAACUGAUAAUUACAUCGCGUUUCUCAAAAUCAAGGUUUUUUUUCGAGUUUGGCUCUUCGAGGUGACUAAUCCUGAGGCUGUGAUGGCCGGCGAGAAUCCGUUGUUGAAAGAAGUUGGACCCUUUGUUUAUGACUUACACAUAAAAAAUCAUAUCAAUCGUAUUGACGAGGCCUCAGACGAGAUUAAUUUCACAGUCACUAAAACUUACUACUUCAAUCAGCAAGAGUCUGGGGAUUUGAGCGAAGAUACCGUCGUCACAGUUCUGAAUUUCGCGUAUUUGGGAACGAUAAAGAAGAUAAUAAGCUUGGCCGCCACAUUCCUCAAGAAAAUUGGUCCAAUCAUCCACCAAAUAUUCCCGGGCGCAGUGAACCCAUUCCUAACCGGUAAAGCAGGCGACAUCAUCUUCUCCGGUCUGCCCCUAGACUGCGUCAAUGUCGACAAAGCUCUCAACAUGAUCUGCAAUGUCUUGAAGGGGAAUCCCCCAGCUCUGUUGAAAAAAACCGACACACCAGGUCUCUUCAAGUACAGUCUCUUCUACCGGGUGAAUGGGACACACCAGGGUCCGUUCACUGUCAAUCGAGGGGUUAAAAAUAUAUACAGCUUAGGUAACACGACUUCGUUCAAGAACAUGAAGGUAACUAACUUCUGGGCCACUGACACUUGCAAUGCUGUGAGUGGCACUAAUGCGAUUACUUGGCCACCAAUGUCUAAAAAAUUACCAAAGGUACAAAGCUACGAGGCACAGUUAUGUCGAUCUUUAUCCCCUUCCUUCACGAGAGAAGUAGUGCUGAAUACUUUGGCGGGGUAUCGAUAUGAAUUGACUGCGGAUACUUGGAAUCAGGAGGAAAUGGAGUGCUACUGUCCGAGAAAUAAAAAGAAAGUAAUGGAGUGUUUACCCUUGGGUCUGAUGGACAUCGAAAAGUGUCAGGAAGUCCCGAUAAUCUUCUCCGAGCCCCACUUCCUCCACGCAUCAUCGGAACUUCUGGACUACGCUCAAGGCCUCCAUCCCAUCCAUGAAAAGCACGCAACCUUCGUAGUGAUUGAGCCCUUCACAGGAGUCCCCUUGUCAGGCUCCAAGAAAAUCCAGCUCAACAUGAAGAUGUCCAGCAUACCAACUGUCCCAUGGCUCACCAACGUAACCGACGGUUAUUUCCCGAUUCUCUGGGCCGAAGAGGCGAGUGUUUCAACAAUAGAACAAAUGAAAAGCGUGAUAAACUCUCAUCGUCUUCUCAAUAUCUGUUCGUUUCUCAGUUGGCCACCCCUUUUCAUGGGAAUCUGGCUGAUCAUGAAAGCCUGCCUCAUUGACAACCAAAUGUAUUACCAGAUCACUUACCCACGUUAUCCACGUGGUGUGGCAUUCCAGUGA